UGGUGGCGCGCUCUGCCGCACAGCCCAGAGCUGCGGCGGCGGCGGCGGCGUCUCCAGCGGCACCGGUUGUUGAGUCAGCCUCUUCUGGGCGAGUGCGCGAGGCGCUCGCCGGAUCGCCUCCACCGGCUGGACCCAAGCCAGUCGCACCUGGUAGUGCGUGCGUGUGGGUAGCGGAUGCUGCUGCCACGGACAACUCGCGCUAUGGAUACGCACGCUUGUGCUGCCGCUCUGCUGGUUCUCCUUGUCGCAUCGUGCGUCGCACCGGUACCGGCACAGGACAUGAAGCCCCGUGUGAAGUUGAGCGACCUAGUGCCCGAGGACUAUGACGUCAUGCAGCCGCCCCUUGAAGGAGGUCAACCUGUUGCGGUGAACGUGUCGGUGUCGGUGCUCAACAUUCGUUCGGUGGACGAAGGGCGGCAGUUUGUCGAAGAGGAUCUAUUUCUGCACGUGCACUGGUACGACUGGCGGCUCAGCGGGCGCGUCAAAAACAAGAUCGUCGUCGACCCUCGCUGGUACCCAGAACUAUGGACGCCCGAGGUGUACUUCAAGAACUCGGCUGACGGACGCCUAGACAAGGUGAUCUUCCCGUACGCCUACAUCACGCUCGAACCGUCCGGCCAGUUCUUCCUGGCCGCCCGCGUCUCCCUCAAGCUGGCCUGCAACAUGGAUCUCAGCAGGUUCCCUCACGACAAUCAAUUCUGCGACAUGCAACUCAGCAGCCUGGUGCACCCUAGGGAGCAGGUGAUGCUUUACUGGAAGUCCUACCGCCUCACGAAGAACCUGUCCCUGUCACAGUUCAAGGCUGUCUACGUCGGUCACGGGGACUGCACGAAGUCAUUCGACGUCGGCACAUUCAGCUGCCUGUACGGCCGCGUGGAGCUGCGGCGUCGCGCCGGCUACUACCUCAUCAACAAGUACGCGCCCAGCACGGUCAUUGUGUUCAUGUCGUUCGCCGCUUUCUGGAUGCCCUGCGAGGCGCUGCCGGCCCGCGUCACGCUCAGCGUCACCUCGCUUCUCAGCUUGGUGACAGCUCAGUACCAGGCGCACAUGCCGGGCGUGUCGUACGUGGUCGCCAUGAACGUGUGGAUGAUCAUAAGCAUUCUGUUCGUGUUCCUGGGUCUCGUGGAGACGGCGCUCAUCGUGGCCUGCACCGCGAAGCACAAGAAGGGCGUCGGCCGAUGGCCCAAGCCCGUGCUCAUCGACUGGGUCUCCAGGAUUCUCUUUCCCGCUGUUUUCCUCGUGCACGCGCUCAUCUACUGGGGGGUCUACGGUCGGGACUGAUGCUCUACAUCUAUGCUAAGUGGAAACGCUCAAGCGCGCUCUGAGGAACGCCAGAAUUACGACGAAGAACACACGGCAUUGGAGUGCCUGGUUACGGUGACCAUGACGCAUUGCAUUGCAUGUUUGAAGAAGUGUUGCUCGUGGAGGUGUUCGUCUAAGCAUGCGAUAGCGAGCCUGGUCCCCAUGUUCGUGUAAACAAACAUCGCUCGUAAGAAUUGUUUGAACAGGAUACCAUAGCAAGUCAAAAGAGGAGGGAAAAGAGGAAAAGCCAGGGGGGUUAUCGAUUGCAUGCACCGGCUAUCUGCCCUGCGCGGGGAAAAAGGCCGAAGUGUAAAGAAGGUUUUAGAGGGGUAGGGGGAGACAAACAGACACACACUAACGCGACGCUACGCGACCUAAGUUUUACUUAUUGUGUAAGUGCAAAUAGCAUUCGCAAAUGAAAAAGACUCUAAAUGCAGCUGCCCUGGUCUUAAAUUAACCACCAAAUAUAAUCGCAGAACGAACUGUUCAUUUGAGUUAUACAAAAUAGCCGGUGAUAUGUGAUAAGCGCAAGAGAGCGGAGCUGUUCUUCACUGACUAGGAGUCAAAGGCCAGCGAGUAUUAAUUCCACCAGCGUAAGUGUAACACGUAAGUGUUCCUGUAGGAUGGCGCCCAUUAUAACUUGGGAUCUCAUGCACUUAACGAAGGGCUAAAUUCGGCGAAAACAGUAGCGUCAACGGAUCGCUGACAUGUCACGGUUGACAGCGCAGAAGAGUGUAGCACUUGAAAGGCAGCCACAUUUCUUUUAUUUGCGGCGUUUCAUGAGUAAACGCAUGUUGUGUAGUGUUCAGAGUAUGAAAAACUCUUCACAAACCGCGGUGCCUUUAAAAGGCACAGCAUUUGUGGCUGAAGAAGCAAUGGAGAGUAAAAAGAAAAACCGCAGUAGAGCGUGCACUGGUUCGUAUUCGCCUGGUUAUUUUAUCCCUGGCGGAAACAUUAACGCAAAUAGUUAUAUUGUACUUGCGGGUAGUCGGCUAUAAAUAUAAAAUUCGAUAGCCGCUGAACCGGUGAAGGAUUCCACGAUUAUAGACUCCAUUUUGUAAUCGGGCUAGAAUGGGAUGACGACGGCUGCUUCGAAAAUUACCGCCUGCUAUAAGAAACAAUUGUAGCACAAAGAAUCGUGGAAGCCGCUCUCCACUGAGUUUCUAACGUUGACAAAUGAAACAACAAUUUUUCUUCGCAAAUACGGAGAUGAUGUUUUGGUAAGCGUUGUGAACGUUAACAUCUGGGUCAGGCUUCUCAUAAAGUGGUCUUUAUCCCCUUGUUUUGUUAUUGUUGCUGUUUUUGCAAAACCUCACGUUGUGAUACUGUGAAAAUACUCUAGCCUCGUAUACAAAGCAGGUGUUCAGUGGUUAUUAUCAGCGCUGUGCGCGAGCUGAUGCGUUCUUGCACAAAAACCGAAAUCGAGAAAUGUGAAUACUCGUGCGGAACAAAUAUUUGAAGUUAUUAUAGGAGUGAGCGCUUGUUGACUGCUGAAGCCUGGGCUGCGGACGUCCUUCGGCUGAACGCUUGCUCAACGCUGGGCUGAAGGCAGGGCUGACUCACAUGCACGGCUCGUCGUCUGUGAACCUUGUGUCUUUCAAUUCCUUUAGCUCUCAUGAUCAUUUUCGAUUCUAUAGGCAAAGCAUCAUCGCAUCUUCGGCCGAGUCCAGGGGCGCGGUAACCAUAUGCUUCACCGGUCAUGAUGGUCACUGUCAUAAGUUAUGUUUGCUGCUUACGCCUUUGUGUUCUCUAACAAAUCUUGCAACACUGUUGAUUAUACACUUUCGCAACUGUGUACAUGUUUCAGUUAUAUGAGUAGUCGGCCGCGACGGCCGCAUUUUCGAUGGAGGCGAAAAUGCUUGAG